GAUACCAAGAUACCAACACCAACAUACGACAGCAAAAGGAUACCAAGAUACCAACACCAACAUACGAUAGCAAAAGGAUACCAAGAUACCAACAUAUAACAGCAAAAGAAUACCAAGAUACCAACACCAAUAUACGACAGCAAAAGAAUACCAAGAUACCAACACCAACAUAUAACAGCAAAAGGAUACCAAGAUACCAACAUACAACAGCAAAAGGAUACCAAGAUACCAACAUACAACAGCAAAAGGAUACCAAGAUACCAAUAUACAACAGCAAAAAAAUACCAAGAUACCAAUAUACAACAGCAAAAAGAUACCAAGAUACCAACAUAUGA